CCAGCUGCUUCCCAGAAAUGACAACUGCGUGAAAUUACCUGCGUUUCAAAGCCCUGGGGUGCUACAUGCUUCGGCUCUCAGGGAGACAGGCGGCUUGUGACCCAGGCUCCAGAGAAAGGACCCUCCCCACCUCGAGCCUCCCAUUUCCUGGCCGAAGUUUCUGUUCUCCGUGGAGUGGCUGCAUCCAUGUGCACGUGUGGUACCUGCGUCCCGGGGUGAAGAAGUUGGAAACGUAGCAGCUGGAGCAUUCAGGUAAGCAUCUGUGUUUUGGGGGGAACUCCACAGCCCAACACACAGAACACUGGUCCUCUGUCCACCAUGGAAAACGGGUCGUGCUGCCUCAUCCAGGGGGACCCCAUCUCCCAGGUGAUGCCGCCGCUGCUCAUCCUGGCCUUCGUGCUGGGCGCCCUGGGCAACGGCAUCGCCCUGUGUGGUUUCUGCUUUCACAUGAAGACCUGGAAGCCGAGUACCAUUUACCUUUUCAACUUGGCCGUGGCCGACUUCCUUCUCAUGAUCUGCCUGCCCUUUCGGACAGACUACUACCGCAGACACAGGCAAUGGGCUUUCGAGGACAUCCCUUGUCGGGUGGCACUCUUCAUGCUGGCCAUGAACAGGGCUGGGAGUAUCGUCUUCCUAACGGUGGUGGCCGUGGACAGGUAUUUCAAAGUGGUCCACCCCCACCAUAUGGUGAAUGCCAUCUCCAACCGGACUGCGGUUGGCAUCGUCUGUGUCCUUUGGACCAUGGUCAUCCUGGGGACUCUGUAUCUUUUGAUGGAGAACCAUCUGUGUGUGCAAGAGAAGACCGUAACUUGUGAGAGCUUCAUCAUGGAGUCGGCCAACGGCUGGCACGACGUCAUGUUCCAGCUGGAGUUCUUCCUGCCCCUCAGCAUCAUCUUGUUCUGCUCCUUCAAGAUCAUUUGGAGUCUGAAGCGGAGGCAGCACCUGGCCAGGCAGACUCGGAUGAAGAAGGCUACCCGGUUCAUCAUGGUGGUGGCGGUUGUGUUCAUCACCUGCUACCUGCCCAGCGUGUCGGCCAGACUAUAUUUCCUCUGGACGGUGCCUACCAGCGCCUGCGAUCCCUCUGUCCACGUAGCCCUCCACGUCACCCUCAGCUUCACCUACGUGAACAGCAUGCUGGACCCCCUGGUGUAUUAUUUUUCAAGUCCCUCGUUCCCCAAAUUCUACUCCAAGCUCAAAAUCCACAGUUUGAGACCUAAGCGUCCAGGACACUCCAAGAGGCCAGAAGAGAUGUCCAUUUCAAACCUUUGUCGCAAGAGUUGCAUCAGUGUGGCAAAUAGCUUCCAAAGCCAAUCCGAUGUUCAGUGAGAUCUCCAAAUGUGAUGGAUGGCACCAGAACAGACAGAUGGACAAAAUCAAGGAAGACCCAUGGGCGACUUAGAAAUAAUUCAUGCUGAGGGGUGGAGAGCUUUGAAAAUGCCAUUCUUUCUUAGCUGUAUCCUCCUCACUCUGUUAGAUACGAAAUUCAGAUCACUAUGUCUUUUUGGAAGGUUCCAGUUGAGAAGUGAGUCGGUUGCAUUUAUAUGAUUUGAUUCCAAUGACAGGGGCGUGUGUGUGUGUGUGUGUGUGUGUGUGUGUGUGUGUGUGUGUGUGUGUGUGUUGGGUGGUGGGUUGGGAAGAGCUUGGCUCCUGUGUAUUUUUAAAUGGCUGAGUUAAUAGGUACUAAUGUUUAAACCCAUCAUGUUCUCUCUCUGGGGGAGUUAGUGAAUUUAAUAACCUAUCCUCUGACCUUAAAUUCUUACCUGUCUUGGAAAAUAGAAACUAGUGUAAGUCAAUAUUUUUAUUUCAGGGGGAGUGAGGCUUUAGACUGGGAAGUCUCGACCCCGAUGAUUUUCAUCUUCCUGGGGCCCCUCUGUACUUUUCUGACUUCUCAGGAACCCAAGAAAAAUGACAGCCAAACAAUCUGCUCCCACCUUCUUGGAGCUCCACGUUUAUCUGCAAGUCUUUGCAUUUCAAAGAAAGUACUGAAGGAUAUGUUUAUUCCAGUGGGAAUUUUCCAGUGGGAGCUGAGUGCUUGAAAAAAUCCCGUUAGCCUUUGGGAAGUGCUGAGUCUGGCGUAACUGCUUUGGCUGCUUGUUAUGUGACUAUGAGUUUGAAUUAUUCAAUCACUCAUUUUCCACGUAUUUCCUGAAUUAAUAUUCUGUGCCAGGUACUGUGUUAAUGUCCCUUUUACCUGGA